GCUGAGGUCACAAGAGGUCAGCCGGAGGUCAUGUACGCGUCUGUGAGCGGCCACUCGGCCGGCGGCAGCAGCAAACACUACUCCAACAAGUCGCGGGCGGGCCGCCAGCCGCGCUCACUCUACCGGCGCCUGGUCAACCUGGUCACACAGUACGUGACCGGGGUCCAGUUCAUAUCAGACUCUGAUCUGGAGGAGUUUAGCACGGAGCGCCGCUACAAACCCCAGGACGUCACCACGCUGUCCACCCACACGCAUUUUUCGCCGCACGAGGUGAAACGCAUCUACCGCGGCUUCAAGGUCGAGUGCCCCAUGGGCGUCGUCGGAGAGGAGGACUUCAAGGAUAUCUACUCGCGCUUCUUUCCAAGACAAGCCAAUACAAGCCUAUACGCACAUUACGUUUUCAAGACAUUUGAUGUGGAUUCUACAGAUCCUGUUAUAAAUUUUGAGGAGUUCCUCAAGUGGCUGUCGCGGCUGUGUCGUGGCACGGUGGAGGAGAAGCUGCGCUGGAUGUUCCGGCUCUACGACAUCAAUAACGACGGCCGGAUCACGCGCGGCGAGAUGACCUCGGUCUUCAUCAGCAUCUACGCCCUGCUGGGCGGCGUCAGCCUGACCAUGCUGCAGGAGGACUCGGUCGUCUCCAGCAAAGUCGACCAGGCCUUCCAGAGGCUGGACCUGAACAACGACGGCGUGGUGACGAUGGACGAGUUUCUGGACGCGUGCUCGGCCGACCCGGCCACGCUGCAGUCGCUCGCCCACCUAUCCACCACACUCUGAGGAGGCGGGGCGGCGGCGGCGGGCCGCCCCGGGCGACAGCCAGGGCGGCGGCGGGCCCCUCCAGCCGACA